GGCGGUGUUUCUCGUUCUUUGUUGAAGUGGGUCGGUGGUCGGAUUAUUCUCUGCGGAGCGACACCAACGACUUUCCAUUGAGCGGCGCAGGCUGGGGUGAGACUGGAUGGACGUUUAAAGAUUACGAGCGGAAUACGUAGAAUAUGCAGACGAUAUCUUUUUCCCCAGAGUUCAAAUGUCAAAGAUAAGUUAGACCUGUGUUGAGAGAUUUAUUGGAAGAAAAGCCCACAUCUGGAAGCAAACCACGACUGUAGACGAGGGAACAGCAGCAAGUGAACCUGCCCAAGGACUGAGAGCAUCAACUGGACAGAACCCAUCUGACUCAGAGUUAACAUUCAUUCAGUCAGGAGAAAGUUUGAGCAGCAAAAACUGAUCACAUCUGUCCUCAAAAUGAGUCAAGGUUCGAGCAGUGGAGGAGCUCCAGUGACAUCAACAUCGGGAAAGGACACAGAACUGAUCACACCUGUCCUCAAAAUGGGUCAAGGUGCAAGCAGUGGAGGAGUUCCAGUGAUGUCAACAUCGGGAAAUGAUACAGAGCAGCAAAAACUGAUCACAUCUGUCCUCAAAAUGAGUCAAGGUUCGAGCAGUGGAGGAGCUCCAGUGACAUCAACAUCGGGAAAGGACACAGAACUGAUCACACCUGUCCUCAAAAUGGGUCAAGGUGCAAGCAGUGGAGGAGUUCCAGUGAUGUCAACAUCGGGAAAUGAUACAGAGCAGCAAAAACAGAUCACAGCUUUCCUCAAAAUGGGUCAAGGUGCAAGCAGUGGAGGAGUUCCAGUGGAGUCAUCAUCGGGAAAGGACACGGAGCUGCCAAAACUGAUCACACCUGUGCUCAAAAUGGGUCAAGGUGCCAGCAGUGGAGGAGUUCCAGUGAUGUCAACAUCGGGAAAGGAUACAGAUCUGAGAGUGAUCACUGAGCUCCUGGCAAUCUGUGACAAUUUCCAGCUGCUGCAGUUGACGGACUUCUACCGGGACAGGCUGGAGCAGGCGAUGGAAGGAGGGGUGCACGGAGUGAGCCUGGCGUUAACGGCCGAGAAUCAGUUCAGCGGAGAGGAACAUCGGAAAAUCUCUGAUCUCGCUGAUAAGGGAGAGCGGGCGGACAGUUCUAAACUCCUCCUGAGCCUGGUGAUGGAGAAAGGCUCCCGCGCCCCAAGGGUGAUGUGGGAAACCUUUGUCAAAAUGCGGAUUGGUGUUCCAGAUUUGGACAAAGUACUGAAGGAAAUCCAGAUGUAUGGUCCGGGCUCAGUGAUCACCGAGCUCCUGGCAAGCUGGGACGAUUCCCAGCUGCUGCAGUUGACGGACUUCUACCGGGACAGGCUGGAGCAGGCGAUGGAAGGAGAGGUGCACGGAGUGAGCCUGGCGUUAACGGCCGAGAAUCAGUUCAGCGGAGAGGAACAUCGGAAAAUCUCUGAUCUCGCUGAUAAGGGAGAGCGGGCGGACAGUUCUAAACUCCUCCUGAGCCUGGUGAUGGAGAAAGGCUCCCGCGCCCGGAGGGUGAUGUGGGAAACCUUUGUGAAAAUGAGGAUUGGUGUCCCAAAGUUUGACAAAAUACUGAAGGAAAUACAGAUAUAUGGUUGUGAUUCUUCCCAUCGACCAAUUCCCGCUCAAAAAUUACUAAAGUUUCUCGGUGAGCUGAAAGAUGUUCAACAGAAACACAAGGAGACUCUGCGGGCACAAACUGAAACACUGAGAGUGAACACGAUCCUGAUGAGGGAGAAGGUGAAGGUUUUCCAGCUGGUUGAUCGAUACGCUGAGCUCACGGUCAUUUCUACUGUUCGAGAUCGGAGACUGGUGGAACAUGAGCUGCUGGCAAGAGGCAGAGACCACGAGGAGUGGAGACGAAAACAUCUCAGUGGACUCCUGGAAAAACUUCAGAUGGAUCAGCUGUUUCAGAGCAGCUUUUCGCGAAGUAAAUCCAAAUCUGGGAGUUCGGCAGCAGUGGCCGGAGUCCCGGGGAUUGGGAAAACAACAAUGGUACAAAAUAUUGUUUAUGACUGGGCCACAGGGAAAAUAUACCAACAAUUCCAGUUUGUCUUCAGUUUCAAAUUCCGGGAUUUAAACACCAUUAACUGCAGAAUAAAUCUGAAGGAACUGAUACUCGAUCGGUAUCCUUACUUUGGGAAUAUCUUGAGAGAGGUCUGGAAGAAUCCAAAGGGAUUGCUGUUUAUAUUUGAUGGUUUGGAUGAAUUCAAUGACACAAUUGAUUUUGCUGACAGUCCUAGAGAUACAGACCUUCAGUCCACAUGCACAGAUCCUGAAUUCAAGUGCAAGGUGUCUGACAUUGUGUACAGUUUAAUCCAGGGCAAGCUGCUCCCAGGGUGUUCAGUGCUGGUGACCACUCGCCCCACUGCGUUACAUUUAUUGGAAAAGGCGAAUAUCAGUGUCCGGGCUGAAAUCCUGGGAUUUGUUGGUGAGGAACGGAAGGAAUAUUUCAUCAGACAUUUUGAAGAUCAGACGGUGGCGGAAGCUGUUUUCAAUUAUGUGAAGGAGAACGAGAUCCUGUACACCAUGAGCUACAACCCCUCCUACUGCUGGAUCCUCGCUCUGGCACUGGGCCCCUUCUUCACACAAAGAGUCAGGGACCCACAGCGAGUUCCCAAGACCAUCACCCAACUGUACUCCUACUAUAUUUACAACAUCCUGAAAAACCACGGCCGUGAGAUUGAGAACCCCCGUGAUGUGUUACUCAGGGUUGGUCAGAUGGCCUUCAGAGGAGUGUCCGAGAGGAAGAUUGUGUUUACAGAUGGAGAUUUGAUCAAGUACAAUCUGCAGCCUUCCCAAUUCCUGUCUGGAUUCCUGAUGGAGCUUUUGGAGACAGAGGAUUCUGCCCGGAGUGUGGUGUACACAUUCCCACACCUCACCAUUCAAGAGUUUGUAGCUGCAGUCGCACAAUUCCAGAAACCACAUCCCGGGGAUAUCCUUAAAUUCCUCACUGAAGUCCACAGCACGACAGAUGGGCGAUUUGAGGUUUUUCUCCGUUUUGUUGCUGGUCUCUCCUCCCCAAUGACAGCUCGGGGCCUGGAGGAGUUUCUGGGUCCAUUUCCUCAUCAAACGACCUGCCGGGUGAUUGACUGGGUGAACGAGGAGAUUAAACGCCAGAGUGGAAACACAUGGAGUGAAGCUGGUAAAAGGAGCCUCCUGAACACAUUGCACUACCUGUUUGAGUCUCAGAAUCGUGGACUGGCUCAGGCCGCACUGGGAUCUGUGGAAACACUUUCAUUCAGUGAAAUGACACUGACCCCGAUUGACUGCGCGGUCCUGUCUCAUGUCUUCGGACUCUGUGAUACAAUAAAACAGCUCGACCUGGAGAUCUGCCACAUUAAGUAUGAGGGAAUACAGCGGCUGGGACCUGGGUUGCACAAGUGCCAGGAGUUGAGACUAGGUGGUAAUAAACUGGGAGAUUCAGGAGUGAAACUGGUGUCUGCGGCUCUGAGGAACCCGGAGUGUAAAAUACAGAAACUGUGGCUGAGGGAUGUUGGUCUCAUGGACUCUGGUGCCGAGGAUUUCGCCUCCGCUCUCAGUACAAACACAUCACUGACGGAGCUGAACCUGGGUGGUAAUCAACUGGGAGAUUCAGGAGUGAAACUGGUGUCUGUGGCUCUGACGAACCCGGAGUGUAAAAUACAGAAACUGUGGCUGGAGUUUGUCGAUCUCACAGAUUCUGGUGCUGAAGAUCUCGCCUCCGCUCUCAGUACAAACCCAUCACUGAAGGAGCUGGACUUGGGAUUCAACUUGCUGACAGACCGAUCUGUCCCCGCUCUCCGCCGCCUCAUACUGACCCUCCCGAAUCUGGAGCAGAUUGUGCUGUGGUGGAAUCGGUUCAGUGAGACCGGGAGGAAGGAAGCGGGAUCUCUGCGGAGAGUCAGACCCAGACUGAGAGUGUAUCUGUGAACAGCUGGAAGUGUGAACAUCACCACCCGGGGCUUAGGUACACUUUGGCCGAUUCCCUGCCCUCUAACUCCCCCCUCCAAUUUAACACCCGCCCUCCCCUUUAACUCCUGCCAUUACCUAUAAUGACUGCGCGCCGGGGUAAUUCCCAACUGUUUUAACGGAACCAGCUCCAGUCUUGCGCUCGGUUACAUCGGAUGCGGUCCCGCAGUGACGUAUUUCCGCCUGUUGUCCUGCAGCACAGCUUCCGCUGGAUAUGCAGGUUUGUGACUCCCUCUCGUGAGACCCCGGGGAAUUACACAGACAGGAAGGGCCCAGGGGCAGGGGCUCAGUCUGGGACACCAGUGUCCCGGGGUGGGAUUAUCCCAGGAGAGAAACCUUUUGCUCCCUUUGCUGAAGACAGUGCAUUCUGCAGCCUGGCCGAUAUAAUGAUGUUAAAUUGACAAAUCCCUCAGGAGUGACCCUGGAUCUGUAGCGAUCUCGGUCACUGUCCUGAAGUGUGAUUUUAUAAACAUCGGUUCCCCGAUGCAGAGUGACGGUGAGAAAUGGGACUGAUUAUUCAAACUGUCACUUGUUGCCACUGGUCGGUUAAUUGUGUGACUGUGAGUGAGUCAGGAGCAGCUUAUUUAUACCCGCACGUCAGCAGCUCACACAUCGUUUAAUUUACAUUUGUCAUGAUCAAACCAAUAAACCGCUGUAACUUCCUGUCCUGGUGCCGGACUCGAGUUUUAUUUGAGGUUUCUGCUGCCCCCCGCACCCUGUGCACCGCAACAGUGGGUCGGAGCUCAUGCUGACACAGUAGCGUCUCAGCACCAGGCUGAGGGAGGUCAGACUAGCAGAGUCUGGUUGCCCUGGAACUCAUCUCUACCCAGCCUCCUUCCUGGUUAACUGACCCCCGCCUGCCCCCCGCAGACAGAUAAAAUCAACUUGAGUCCACUGAGGUCCUGAGUAUGAGAGGGAUGUGGGAUGGAAUAUUGGCGUCAGACACAGAGGUUUUCUACCUCCUCACCAUCCAAUCACACACUCCUGGGGUCAGGCACAGAGUGUAGUUCCCUCUGCAUCAUCCUAUUACACACUCACGAGGUCAGACACAAAGUGAAGAUCCCUCCGCACUGUCCCAUCACAAACUCCUGGAGUCAGACACGAAAAAAAGUGUGAGAUAUAUCAACUGAGUUCUCGAGUUGAAUCAGAUUACAAAGGAGACUCUCACUGUGUUCACCUUGGAACUGCAGCACAGGGAACCACACACACUCACACACACGAUGAAUAUAUGUAGAAGUGGGCACAGAGACGAGGAGUAAUGCAGUGUUCACAGACUAGGAGAGGGUGGGAGGGUG